AUGUCUCACAUUCAUGUCUCACAUUCAUGUCUACCAUCCAUGUCUCACAUCCAUGUCUCACAUUCAUGUCUCACAUCCAUGUCUCACAUUCAUGUCUACCAUCCAUGUCUCACAUCCAUGUCUCACAUUCAUGUCUCACAUUCAUGUCUCACAUUCAUGUCUCAUAUUCAUGUCUUCCAUUCAUGUCUCACAUCCAUGUCUACCAUCCAUGUCUCACAUUCAUGUCUACCAUCCAUGUCUCACAUCCAUGUCUCACAUUCAUGUCUCACAUUCAUGUCUCACAUUCAUGUCGCACAUCCAUGUCUCACAUUCAUGUCUCACAUUCAUGUCUCACAUCCAUGUCUCACAUCAAUGUCUCACAUCUAUGUCUCACAUCCAUGCCUCACAUUCAUGUCUCACAUUCAUGUCUCACAUCCAUGUCUCACAUUCAUGUCUCACAUCCAUGUCUCACAUCCAUGUCUCACAUCCAUGUCUCACAUCCAUGUCUCACAUCCAUGUCUCACAUCCAUGUCUCACAUAGUUGUUGCUUUUUGGGAACUUGUAUGGCUACCUGCAUAA